AGAGUUUUUAUGAUCCAAAGCAAAACAAAAAGUGAAGAAUAUUCCCUUGUAGUGUUUUGAAAGGGAAAUAUAAACAGGAUAUUAACUAGGCGAAUGGAAUUUUUUCAUUCCUACAGAGUCAUUUCCUGUGUAUAUAAUAACUUAGUGAUAGCGAGUCUCAUAUUUGCUUCUGUGUAAAGCUUCUUGUUAAGCUAAAUAUCCCUUUUGUGCUAGGAUUCUGAUAUCUGUAGUUAUCUUCUCAAUACUGCACUUAUUCAAUGACACUUGCUAGCGAUUUUGGUUUUCCGACCGCAAUGUCUUCAUCUUAUACAACUCUAGAAAAGAGAUACCACCAUAACGUUCCUAACAUUUCGUGGGUUUCAUCAGGACAGGAAUUGAUGAAUAACAACCCCGUCCCCUGUCAGGCGUUUCCUCUGGUCUCUGGUGGUAGUUCUUCUGGUGGGAAUUUGUUUUCAUCUUCUCCCGGAUUCUGCAAUGGUGUCUAUGUUUCAUCUUCCUCCCAGGCACGGCCGCCCGUUUCUACAGUGCCAAGAGGCAGUAUGACUGUUCCUCAAUCCUCUAUAGAAGGGCAGAGGCAGGAAUGUUCUAUUGAUACACAAUCCUUGCAAGUGAUCAAUCAACCUCAACAGCAGAAAAAUAUGACCUGGUCUUCAGAUCAGCUUCAGGGCUUCUUUGAUUUUCCUGUUCCGGAUCCACAAGCAGAGAGCAGUAGGACUAUUGUCUCGUCCAAGGAAGUCCAUUCAAAAAAUGAAUGGCCAGAAUGGGCGGAUCAGUUGAUGUCUGAUGAUGUUCUUAUACCAAAUUGGCCAGAGCUUCUAGGCGAUCCUAAUGUCCUCAAUCUAGAUUCAAAGAUAACAACACCGUCUCCUGAUAUAGCAAGGCGAGAGAUAGUGUUUAAUGAUCAGCGUCAUGUGGAUCCAUCAAUGGAUCUUAACACCAAAAACUCACCAGCUAGUUCGAUGACAUCUAAGCAGCGAAUGCGUUGGACACCAGAGCUUCAUGAAGCAUUUGUCGAAGCUAUCAAUCAGCUCGGUGGUAGUGAACGAGCCACCCCUAAGGCUGUUUUAAUGCUUAUCAAUAGCCCCGGGUUGACCAUUUAUCAUGUCAAAAGCCAUUUACAGAAAUACAGAACUGCAAGGUAUAAACCGGAUCUUUCAGAAAAUAAAGAGGAACCUCCAGUGAAGAAUUUGAAAACCAUUGAAGAUAUCAAAUCUCUUGACUUGAAGACGAGCAUUGAAAUCACUGAAGCUCUACGGUUGCAGAUGAAAGUUCAAAAACAACUCCACGAGCAACUUGAGAUCCAAAGAUCACUGCAGUUACAAAUCGAAGAACAAGGUCGUUAUCUUCAGAUGAUGAUUGAGAAACAACAGAAGAUGCAAGAGGAUAAAAAAGAAUCUUCUUUCUCAUCAUCAAUGCCAGAAGCAGACCCCUCAGCUCCAUCACAAAACCUUUCACAAGUUUUCCUCCCUAAAGCAACCAAUUCAGAUCCAUCAAUAACUCAGAAACUGCAGAGUGGUUUUAACACAAUGGGUCAAAGUGAAUCUGCUUCUGGGAGUAAUAGGAAACGGGUUAGAGAAGAUUAGACACCUGAUGACUGAAGAAGUUGGAAGUUAUAUAUGAUACUGACCCAAAGAUGUUGCAACAGAUGUAAUUGUGUUCUUUAGUUCAUGCUUUAUGUGGAAUUCACAGCAGCAAUAAAAUGAAAAGUGGUGAUUUUGCUUCU